AUGAUGUGGUGUUUGGACUCAACAGAUGACAUUCAUCACAUCACCGAAGAUCUGAUCCCAAGAGUGAGAGAUUACGAGACAAUGUCAGCGACUGAGACGACGGUCACCGCCGGUGCGGAGGAGGAGGAAGGGGUGUCGGCGGCCACUAAUGGGCUAACGCUGACCAUUAAGUGGAGUUCUCAAGAGUAUGCCAUCGAUUCCGUGACCACCGAUGACACCGUACGGGACCUAAAAGAGGCCAUCUAUAGGAAGACAGGCGUCAAACCCGAGCGCCAGAAACUCAUGGGUCUGAAGGCCAACGGAAAGCCGGUGACCGACGCGACAGAGUUGUCGAAAGUG